AUGCCACCAAAAACACCGUCGAAAGGAGCCAAGAAGGCUGUUACAAAAACAUCAAAAGGAACAACUGGUCCUAAAAGUACGGGUAGAAAACUCAGACGUAAACGUAAAGAAACAUAUUCAAUUUACAUUUACAAAGUACUUAAACAAGUUCAUCCUGAUACAGGUAUAUCAUCAAAAGCUAUGUCAAUUAUGAAUUCAUUUGUUAAUGAUAUAUUUGAACGUAUUGCUGCUGAAUCAAGUCGUUUAUCACAUUAUAAUAAACGAUCAACAAUUAGUAGUCGUGAAAUUCAAACAGCUGUACGACUUUUAUUACCAGGUGAACUUGCUAAACAUGCUGUAUCUGAAGGUACAAAAGCUGUUACCAAAUAUACAAGUGCUAAAUAG